CUGACAGCAGCACCAUGGUCUCCCUUUGGCUUCUGUCCUGCUUUGCCCUCCUAGGGGCCGCCCAUGACUGUGGGAGCCCCGCCAUCCCGCCUGUGCUGAGUGGCCUGGCCAGGAUCAUCCAUGGUGAGGACGCUGUCCCUGGCUCCUGGCCCUGGCAGGUGUCCCUGCAGGACGAAACCGGCUUUCACUUCUGCGGGGGCUCCCUCAUCUGCCCGUACUGGGUGGUCACCGCCGCCCACUGCCAGGUCAGGACGUCUGACGUGGUGGUGGCUGGGGAGUACGACCUGGCCUCUGGUGAGGAGGACGUGCAGGUCCUGGAGAUCGCAGAGGUUUUCCCCAACCCAGAUUUCAGCUUUGAGAAUGCUUCUGGCGACAUUGCCCUCAUAAGGCUGGCCACGCCUGCACAGUUAACUCUAACUGUGUCCCCUGUGUGCUUGCCCUGUGCCUGUGGUGAUUUUGGUCCUGGGACCCUGUGUGUCACCACUGGCUGGGGCUUGUCCAGUUUCGACUCCCGUGAGACCCCCAGCAAGCUGCAGCAGGCGGUUCUGCCCCUCGUGUCCACUGAAGAAUGCAAGAAUUACUUGAGCGACUAUUUUACUAUUACUGACCAGAUGAUCUGCGCUGGGGGCAGCGGCGUCUCCUCCUGCCUGGGCGACUCUGGGGGCCCCCUGGUGUGCCAGAAGGAUGGAGCCUGGACCCUGGUAGGCAUCGUGUCCGGGGGCAGUGGCACCUGUGACACCUCCACUCCCGGUGUGUACGCUCGAGUCACUGCGCUCGUGAGCUGGGUUCGGGAGAUCCUGGAGGCCAACAGUGAGUUCCCUUGCCCCCCCCUACACCACGGAUCCCCAGUAAAGUCCUCUGUUCAGAAACACCGACUGCAUGUGUCUCACUGUGUGACCCCUGGGGACGUGGGACUGCACUGUCCACAUCAGCCACCAAGCGUGGCAUCGGGUCCCUCACCGGGCUGCAGCUCUCCUCUCAGACGGCCGAGGUCCUUCUGUGUCCCCCACACAGAGUCCACACCGCCUGCCGGAGCGGCCGCACCCCCAGAGCUCUCUGGAGGCCGAGGCCCUGCCCGGCUCUGUAGUCCGUAGCCCUGAAGGGUCAGCGGCACCGGGCCCACAACAGCUUCCGCUCAAGGCUUCCGCCUCCUCCGCAGGCUCCAGGUCCCUCUCCUGCCUUCAGCCUCCCCGCAGCCAGAGCCCUGGAAUGGCCUUCAGCUUCCAUCCUGUCCGCCUCGGCCCCAGCCCUGCUCCCCCUGCACACAGACUCAGGUGCCAGCCCGGCCACCUUCCGUCAGCUCCAGUGUCCCCGCAGCUCCCUACCCUCCUUGUCCUCGGUGUUUUCUGCGAUGCAGGAGUUGGCUCUAGAGGCCUGAGCACCCUCAGGUCCGUCCCUGGCCAGGCGUGGGUGGAGCUGGCUGUCUCCUGGGGCAGGGGCAGGACUGGCUGUCUCUGUGCUGAGGUCAGCUGGACUCGGUGCUCAGAGCCUGCACCCAUCCAUCCUGGGAGGUACUGCAAAUGGGGAUCUCAGUCUUAGCCUCUUUCUCUUUGUCCCCGGGGACAGUCCAUGGAGCUGCCUUCCCCGCUCCGCAUUUUAAAUACCCAAGGGCUCAGUUCACGUAGAACAGCGAUGGGGAACCUUUCAGAGCCUUAAACGAUACAAACAGCCUGCUCUGGCACGUGUGCCGUAGGCUCGCAGCUGCUGAUACGGAACAUGCAAUUUAAAGCAUUUU